CAGCCGGCAAGGGGUUCGUUUUGCUAGCGAAUUGUACGUCCCCGAGACAUCUAGUACGGGAUUCGGAGCGCUGAUCAAAACACUUGUUGGAUUACAUAGCGGUGGAUGCGGUAGCAGGCCACCCUUAAUCCAGAGCCCGCAUCUUACCACGCUGCCGUUGCUGCGGGCCCCCGCCGAUAAGCAGUUCAAAGCCCUCUCGCGUGAACGUGAUUAUUAUUAUUUGACGCUUCUCUGCAAAAGCAUAAGGGAAAAUCGGUCCGUGCGUAUAGUGUGUGCGCCUGUGCGCUCGUGUGCGUGUGGUUGUGUGCGUGUCCGAUUGUUGCGUGCGCGCUGGUGUGCGGGUCGACGAAAGGCGAGGAUAUUUUCUUGAUAAAACAACACCUCGGCACCAAUUUAUGAAAAUCAUCCGAACCUUCCUGUUGUAAAAUUUUCAAUCUGUGUGCGUGUGUGUACGUAUGUGACAUGUGUUUCGUGUGUUGGAAGUGGUUUUCGUAAUACAGUGUGUGCGGAAGGAUACCAUCUCCAUCGCUUUUUUACAACGUGUCUAAGCGUGUGCGUUUGUGUGUGGGAAAACCAAUGCACACUUUUCGUCAUUUCUAAGCGGGUUGUCAUUUUUUGCCUGUCAAGCAGACACACUCACACGCCCGCCGUGCCUGUACGAAAACUUAGGAAAAAGCAAACAUUGACCUUGCCCGAAAAGGACACCAUUCGGGGGCCAUUGUUUCGCCAUCGAGCCGCAUCGAGUGCGCAAAAUGGCGCAUCCGGUGGUGUGGCGGAGGUUAACGGUACUGGUGGCCGUCCUCUGUCUCCACGGUGCCAUCGUGCCAACGGAGCAGCAACAUGCCACGGGUCGUCACGGUUUCCCACCGAGCGUCCUACACGUGGAACCGCACGUCGACACGGCCCGUAGGGCGCCACGCACGAUCACACUGUCUCUGGGUGACCUGGACAACGAUAAUGCCGAUCCAGAGGUGGCCGCACUGCUAGCCCGGUCGCCUUUGCUGCGUGACGAGCUGAAGCACCACCGUACACGGCGUGAUGCAGCACCCGCUACACCGAACGUCAACAGUGGCACGGGACAAAGCAAAAAUGCAACAUCUGGCGGCAACAAUUCGUCCGCGGCCGCAACACCGUCAACCAAAAACACGGUAUCAUCGGAAUUUUCCCCAUCGCCUAUAAUCAAGGCGAAGACGACCAAUCUAAACGAUUCCCAUGGGCAGCUUAUCGUGCAUUGGUUGGGCGAAGGUACGAACGUUAUGAUCUGUCUCGCCCGCGAACCACCCGAUACGGACAUGAAGUCACCGCCGCCACCCCCAUCGCGUAUCUUCAUGUCGAACGAUUACGGUGAUACAUUCGAAGACAAGACGCCCCACUUCAUGCUCAACAUUAGCGGUGUGCUGACAAAUUCCACGGUGGAGCAGUUUUUUACUCAUCAAAAGUUUAACACGAUUGUCUUUAUUGAUCCGCGAAAUCAAGCGAUAUUUACGUCGGAUGAUUAUGGAGCUACCAUUACGAAGCAAAAACUCGACUUUACACCUUCGGAUGUGUCGUUCUACGAUGCCGACAGGCGAACGUUUCUCGUGCUGGACAAGCGUGAUCCUCAGCGAAAGCUGUAUUACACAACCGACUUCGGAGCAUCGUUUACACUACUUCAAAGCUACGUUAAAUCAUUCCUUUGGUCGUCAGGUGACGGUGUCCCCAUUCAUCUGUACGUGGAACGUAAAGAACCUACAAAUACUUCAUCGGUAAUCUUCUUCAACGCAGCCGACCUUUACACCGGCAACCGGCAGUUUAAUGUGUUGAUCGAAAAGGUGGAAGACUUCCACAUCAACAAAGACUUCAUGUUUGCGUCCCAGCGUCUCCCCAACAGCACCCAGCUGCUCAUCUCGUACAAACGCGGCAAGUUUGUGAAGGCCGAUUUCCAAACCGAGCUAGACAUUCGAGGCUACCACGUGGCGGAUGUCGAAGGACGCCGCAUUAUGAUUUCGGUGGUGCACUCGGAGCGCAUUUCGCAUCUGUACGUGUCCGAAUCGAACGAUGAUAUGACGGACAUUAAGUUUGUGCCAAGCCUGGAAAACAUUUUCACCUACAUCCCUGACCUGAAUUGGCGAUCCAGCUGGUUGGUGAAAUCUUCCGAAACAGCGUUUACUGAUCUGUAUCGGGUGGAAGGCUUGAGGGGAAUUUACAUCGCAUCGAAAAUGAUACGUCUGCCGGUCGCGGAAACGAUUACACCGGACUAUCUGAUGUCGGUAAUAACGUUCGAUCAUGGUAAUACGUGGCGAACCAUUAAGGCACCGGAAACGGACGAUGAAGGGGCUUUGCUGAACUGUGGCAAAGAUUGUAGUCUUCAUUUGACGCAGAAAUUCUCUUCCCUGUACCCAGUGACCAGAUCCGUUACUAUAAUGAGUUCGAAAACGGCACCUGGUGUAAUCAUGGCUUCUGGCGUUGUGGGCAAAUCGCUUAAAGGACACCCCGGCGUGUACAUUUCGCGCGAUGCUGGACUUACGUGGAAGCAGAUUCUGAAGAACUACUACUUCUUCAAUAUGGGCGACCACGGUGGCAUACUGGUAGCGGUGAAAUAUUUCAAAUCAAAGGGUGAAACGAACGAAAUUCUCUACUCAACGGAUGAGGGCGAACGCUGGCACUCGACACCGUUCAUUGGCAACCAGCUUAAAGUGUACGGUUUGAUGAGGGAAGCGGAGGCAAACGGAACCAUCUUUACGCUGUUCGGCUCGGAGCAGGAUGAGCACCGGUGGUUAAUCAUAAAGAUCGAUCUGAAGAAUGCCUUUACGGCGAACUGUACGGAAGAUGAUUACAAAUUUUGGACACCCGGUUCAUAUUCUGGCGACUACUUUAUGCCGUGUGUGCUCGGACGUCAGGAUACGUAUCAGCGCCGGAAACCGCACGCCAAUUGUCACAAUGGUCUGGGAUACGAGCGCCCCAUUCGCCAGGAAGUUUGCGAAUGCAACAGUUCGAACUUUGAGUGUGAUUAUGGGUUCAUACGCAGCGGCCAGAAGCGAUCGUUCUGUGUGCGUAACAAAACGUUGACAAAUUUCGAUCCGUACGCGGUGCCGAAAUCUUGCAAACCCGGUGCAUACUACAACCGUACUCGGGGCUACCGGAAGAUCGAAGGAGACGUGUGUGUUGAUGGAUUUUCGGCCCAGUUUUUGCCCCAAUCGAUUCCCUGCCCGAUGGAGCAAUCGGAUGAGUUCUUAAUAAUAGCCCAGCGCGAAAAGAUUUCCCGUAUCGACCUGCGGAACAACAACACACGCACCGAGUUUGCGAUUCCCGGGCUGAAAAAUGUGAUCGCUAUUGAGUUUGAUUUGAAGCGUAACUGUGUGUUUUGGGCAGAUAUUUUGACGGACGUGAUCGGGCGACAGUGUCUGAACGGGAACUCUACGCCGGAAACGCUGGUGGACAAUGGGCUGUCGUCUGUUGAGGGUAUGUCUUACGAUUGGAUCUCGGAAGUGCUGUACUUUGUGGACGGAAUGCGUCUGAUGAUAGAAGCGCUACGGGUGCCACCACCGGGAACGAUUCCGCCCGCCGGGUCACAGCGCACGCCAAACAUUCGACACACGAUUAUGGAUAGCAAGUACCUGAACAAACCGCGCGGUAUCGUCGUACAUCCGAUGGAAGGAUAUCUGUUCUGGACCGAUUGGAAUUCCAUCAGGCCAUCGAUUUCUCGUGCCAACAUGGACGGUACGGAUGUGCGGGAACUGUUUACAAAACCCCAAGUCGCCUGGCCGAAUGGAGUUACCAUCGAUUAUAUGGCCGAGCGGUUGUACUGGGUGGAUGCGAGCAAGGACUAUAUUGCGAGCAGCGAUUUGGAUGGUAAAAACUUCCACAAAGUAAUGCAGCAGGAUCCGUUCGUGCAGCAUCCGUUCGCGGUGGCGGUGCUGAAGGAUGUAAUGUAUUGGGACGACUGGAAGCAGAAUUCGGUCUUUUCCGCGGACAAAGAUCAUGGCAUUAUGGCGAAACUGGUUGCGGACAACAUGGCCAAUUUGAUGGAUAUGAAGGUGUACGGCCACACGAUUCAGGUCGGUACGAACGCUUGCUCGAAAAAUGAUCGCUGUUCGCAUAUUUGUGUUGGUGGCCCGAAACAAACGUACAGCUGUCUCUGUCCGGAUGGCAUGGAGUUGGUGAAGGAACAGUGUAUAUGCCCGCCUGGAACGACGGCCCAAGGGAAUGGGUGUGCUCGGACGGGCAAGACGUGCGGUCCAAAGUUCUUCAGCUGCAACAAUACGCAGUGCAUUCCGCAGAUCUACAAAUGUGACGGUGAGAAUGAUUGUGAGGAUCGCAGCGAUGAGGAAGGUUGCCCGGCAGCGAAACCGGCCUGCCCACCGCACAUGUUCACGUGCAAGCUGGACCAACAGUGCAUACCGAAGCAUUAUUUGUGUGACUUUGAUAAGGACUGCAAGGACGGUAGCGACGAGGAGAACUGUAAGACAACGUACUGCAAGAAGGGUGAGUUCACGUGCGACAAUGGGCGCUGCAUUAAGCAGGGCUGGAAAUGCGACGGUGAGGAUGAUUGCCGGGACGGGUCGGAUGAGAAGGACUGUCAGAAGAAAAAUGUAACGCUGAUCGAGUGCAAAUCGGACGAGUUCCGGUGUAAUGUAACGAGCGCUUGUCUACCGAACCAGUGGCGCUGCGACACGGAACAAGACUGUCCGGACGGUUCGGAUGAAGCGAACUGCAACAACAACACGUGCGAAUCGUGGAUGUUUACGUGUGUGAGCGAUGGCAAGUGUAUUUACAAGACGUGGCAGUGCGAUGGCAGUAAGGAUUGCAAGGAUGGUAGCGACGAGCUGGACUGUGCAGCGAUCAUUGGUGAUAAUAGUGCCGCACCAACGAAAAAACCGGAUAUAAACAUAAUGCCGGGCCAGGAGUGUCACGAUUGGAUGUUCAAGUGCAAGAACGAACGCUGCGUACCGUACUGGUGGAAAUGCGAUGGAGUGAACGACUGUGAGGACCACUCGGAUGAGGAUGGGUGUAGCGAGAUGGGUACGAACCCGACCAUUAACGGCACGACCGUCGCGCAUCCAAGCACACCGACCCCAACGCGACGCAAGGAUCGGACGUGCGGCUUGCAUGAGUUUCGCUGUGAUUCCGGCACGUGCAUUCCGAAGCGUUUCGUGUGCGACGGUUACAGCGACUGUACGGGUGGUGAGGACGAGGCCAACUGUCCGAGCCAGAAGCUGUGCAGCAAUAACAAUUUCCGCUGCCGCACCGAUGGCGCAUGCCUUCCAAUGAGCCGGUUUUGCAAUGGAAUACAGGAUUGUGUCGAUGGCAGUGAUGAGGAGUGCAGCUUUAAGCCAUCAACAUCUGUUACGACAAACCGAAACUGUAGCACCAAUCCGGGCGUGUUCGCGUGCGACAAUACCUGCUUCGCGCUGAUGCUCCUGUGCGAUGGCAAACCGGAUUGUUACGACGGGACGGAUGAGGAAAAUUGCUCGGGAAACCGGAAAGGGCGACAAUACUAUCAGGUUACGCAGAUCAGUGUCGAUCAACGGUCAUUGAAUUCAUCGAGCUUCCUAAUCUUUUGGUGGACCAUGUUGGAACCGAAUGUAACGUACGAGUAUUUGCCCUCAAUUUAUUACAACAAUGAGUGGAAAAAUGUAACAAACUGGAUAACGGAAACGUCGUACCGUUUUACCAACCUGAAGCCCUACACGACCUACUCGGUGACAACGUACGUACGGGCGAAGGGUCAAUCGAAGAUCACACCACCGUACAUUUACUACGAAAUAGCGACCACCGAAGGAAUUCCAUCACCACCGUUAAGCGUCUCAGUCAUUCAGCAGAACGGAUCUCGUGUGCUGGUAAGCUGGGAUCCACCGAAAGAGGUGAACGGUCGGCUCGAGGGCUAUACGGUGAACUUCCGCUCGCAGUCGAAGAACGUCACACCGGCGCAAAACGUUAAAGUGAGCGCAUCGGAAACGAGCGUUGUCAUCGACAAAGACUUCAAACCCCACGUGGUGUACGAGUUUUGGGUGAAGGCACGCAACGGCAAGCACGAGUCGCUGUCCUCCGUCAUGGUACCGCUAACGUUCGAUGGUACCUCGUUCGUGGAGAAAAUUACCCGCAUCGAGGUGGUGAACAAAACGACCAAAUCGGUGACGCUACGCUGGAAACCGGUGAGCAAUGCGGAUGGUUAUAUGGUGGUACCGAUCCUGCCGCAAACCUAUCCCGUACUGCCGACGAUAAAGGUACAGAAUGCGACGGUCAUUACGCUGGACAAUAUGGUACCGGGUACGCAGUACGUCAUCAAGGUGGCGGCGUACGUGAAGAACUUUUUCGGACAGCAUGAAACCACGAUUGUGUCGUUCGGCGGAACAGCGUUACCGGCACUGAACGUAGAGCUGAAGGAGAAAACGAACGAUUAUGCGCUAUUGGAGUGGAACGAGCCGAAAGGUUUGGACACAAGUAAGCUGGUGUACGGCGUUUACUACGGUACCAGCAUGGAUGCUUUGUUUGAAGCCGCUCGCAUUAACACUACAUCGCGCAGCAUUAAAUUAACAGGCCUAAUGCCUUGCCAAUCGUAUCUGGUCAGUGUGGGUAUCGUCGGUCCGAUCGGACCGGGUCCGCUCGGGCGCAAUCCGCUAAAACUGGAAACAGCUUACAAUCGUACGCUACCACCAAAGGAACUAACAGUUGUAAUAAACGAAACUAGUCAUGAAAUGACCAUCGAAUGGCAGCAUAGCUGUGCUUUGGAUUUGGGCGCGUACCCAUCAUACAUUAUAACGGUGCACGAACUGACGCUCAACCAUACAUCCGUCGUGACGGUGCAACCGUCUAGCAACAAAACGAUGGUGCAUGUAUUCCGCAAGAUUCCAAAGGGUGCGGCGUACGAGAUAUCCGUAUCAACAAACAUUCCCAAUGCGCAGGCGGUUAGCAUGAUUGCGUACUCGGCACCAUUACCGGUGCCGGAGCAACUGCAGGUGUGGGAGGAACGCAACGGAACGUUCGUGGUGUAUUGGAAAACAGUGAAAAAUUUUACAGAUAUUGGCUACUCCUAUGAAAUCAUUGUGUACGAAGGCCAAAGCAUCAACACUUCCGUUCCACCAAGACUUGCGAUACCGGCCAAAGAACCUCCCGCAUUUAUCGAACCGUAUCAACUAAAUUGGAACGAUGAGGAAGCCUUAACGUUUGGCGUUCGACUGAAAACGGAUAUGGGUCUAUACUCCGAAAUUGUACAAACGGAAACAUUCAUCAAACAAAUUUAUCGGUACACGAGAUUACCAUCCACCUCGUCCGUGGGAUCGUCUUGGAAAUGGAUUGUGCCGACCGUUAUUGUUGUGGUACUUAUUGCCGUGCUUGCGUACGGUGUACAGCGCCACCGGAGAUUGCAGAGCUCGUUUAGCCGGUUCGCAAACUCACACUACGACACACGAACGGGUGCCACGCGCAUCGGCUGCACGUUGGAUGAUGAUGAGCACGAGCAUCAGGAGGUGCCGCGCAGUUUCUCCGACGAUGAGCCACUAGUGAUUGCUUAAAAAGGGUAAGUACAUUGUUCGAGCGUACACACCACGGGUUUGCAGAUAUUAAUAGAUUUCGUGCUACAAGUAGAUCUCUGCGUGUUUCCGCGUGCGUAAGAGCAGUGCGUGAGUAUGGGUGUGUGAUUGAUAAUAGGAUAGAAACAUGUUUGCAGUAGUUUUGAUCAGCCUUUUUAUUCGUAAGGUCACUAAUGUCGUAUAACCUUUUUUUCAAAACAUUCAAACAAUGAGAAAAGAAUUGACUUAUAACAAAUUCGAGUCCUGUUUGGCAUAGUUUGUCACAUUAAAAAGAGUGACGUCUCCUGUGAAGCACUCCUUAUCCGACCUGUUGCUUUAGCCUCUAGUCUUCAUAUUUACUUCGACAAUUAUCUUGAGAGAAAGUAAGUGUAAGGGAACAUAAAGUGACAUUGAAAUGUUAUAUUAGUAAUUCAAAAACAAAAAUAUAUCCAUCCAUAAGUCCUACAUGUGACACAUAACGAAAAAAUAACUGAUCAAAACUAAUGUAAGCACCUAAUAACUACUAGAAGCGAACAGAACUGAUACAUAUUGAUACGAAUCCAACUUUGUAAUCCCUUCGCGUACAUUUAAACAGAGUCAGCUUUUUCGCGCAGGUUUCCGUAACGAUAUUACUUCGAACGGUGGCCGAAUAUUGAUAAAUCCUAGCAAAGACAGUAACUAAAGAAAGUAAAAUCAGAAAUAAAAAAACAUUAAGCGUAGCAUAAGAAAGGAAGACGAAAAAUCAUACGUUUAACAAAGAGAAACAUAAAGGAAGCAAGUGUGUAUAGGAGUGUGUGAGCUGCGUAAGCAAACAAACUGAAAGACUAAACUAAUUUUUUUUGUAUUUAUGUGUUGUUCGUUUUAUUACAAAUAGAUUUAUUUAAUGUAGUAAUGCCAGAGGUGGAAUGGACUAGCAAAAGAAAAACAAAUAAAGAGUGUGUGUGAGUUGCGCAUAUGAUUCUGCAAGAUAAAGAGCAAGAAACACAUAUAUCAUUAUAUGAAGAUAGAGGAUUUUGACAAUUAUUACCACAGUUGUUUUACAGGCUCUGUGCGUAUGUAAACUAUGUAUAUUCUGUUUAUGUUUUCUUCAUUGCUUUCUUUACUAAUCGUCAUGCAUAUAUACAUGUUCGGGUAUCGCGAUUCUAGCGAGUUUCUUUUUUAAUACCGUAGUACGUUAGCAGGAUUGUACUAAUUAUGGAUAGGCUGGAUAGGAAACGGGAAGCUAAUAAUUCGUAAAAUAAACAGUAAACUGGAA